GCCUCCCCCGGCGCAGCUCACUCCCCGCCGCCCGCAGCCUGACACGCCGCGCGGCCCCCCAGUCUUCUGUGGCCGCCUCCCCCAGGCAUGGCACAGGGCCUCUUCUCACUAUGGCAGCAGCAAGGCACAGCACCCUGGACUUCAUGCUCGGCGCCAAAGCUGAUGGUGAGACCAUUUUAAAAGGCCUCCAGUCCAUUUUCCAGGAGCAGGGGAUGGCAGAAUCGGUGCACACCUGGCAGGAUCAUGGCUAUUUAGCAACCUACACAAACAAAAAUGGCAGCUUUGCCAAUUUGAGAAUUUAUCCACAUGGAUUGGUGUUGCUGGACCUUCAGAAUUACGACAGUGAUGCACAGGGCAAAGAAGAAAUUAACAGUCUUUUGAACAAAGUAGAAGAAAGAAUGAAAGAAUUGAGUCAGGACAGUACUGGGCGAGUGAAGCGAUUACCUCCCAUAGUUCAAGGAGGGGCCAUUGACAGAUAUUGGCCUACUGCUGAUGGACGCCUGGUUGAGUACGACAUAGAUGAAGUAGUAUAUGAUGAAGAUUCUCCUUAUCAGAACAUUAAAAUUCUACACUCGAAGCAGUUUGGAAAUAUUCUUAUCCUCAGUGGGGAUGUUAAUCUGGCAGAGAGUGAUCUGGCAUAUACCCAGGCUAUCAUGGGCAGUGGCAAAGAAGAUAACACUGGCAAAGAUGUGCUGAUUCUAGGAGGCGGAGAUGGGGGUAUAUUAUGUGAAAUAGUCAAACUGAAACCAAAGAUGGUCACUAUGGUAGAGAUUGACCAAAUGGUGAUUGAUGGAUAUAAGAAAUAUAUGCGAAAAACAUGUGGUGACGUCUUAGACAAUCCUAAAGGAGACUGCUAUCAGGUUCUAAUAGAAGACUGUAUUCCAGUACUGAAGACCAAAGAAGGGAGAGAGUUUGAUUAUGUGAUUAAUGAUUUGACAGCUGUUCCAAUCUCCACAUCUCCAGAAGAAGAUUCCACAUGGGAGUUUCUCAGAUUGAUUCUUGACCUCUCAAUGAAAGUAUUGAAACAGGAUGGGAAAUAUUUUACACAGGGGAACUGUGUUAAUUUGACUGAAGCCUUGUCACUCUAUGAAGAACAGCUCGGGCGCCUCUAUUGUCCGGUGGAAUUCUCAAAGGAGAUCGUCUGUGUCCCUUCAUACUUGGAAUUGUGGGUAUUUUACACUGUUUGGAAGAAAGCUAAACCUUGAAGAUGAAUAUCCCCUAAUCAUGUGUGCUGCAAACAGCUUUCCUGACCUCUGAAUGCUGUACAUGACAUUAAAAAGAGUCGGGCAAUUGAUUGUGAACUCCU